AUGGAGAUCGCGGUGAAGAGGUUAUCGACAAACUCGGGACAAGGAAUGGAAGAGUUCAAGAACGAGGUCAAGUUGAUAUCAAAGUUGCAGCAUCGGAAUCUCGUAAGGAUCUUAGGAUGUUGCGUUGAAUUUGAAGAGAAGAUGUUGGUAUACGAGUAUUUACCAAACAAGAGCCUAGACUAUUUCAUAUUCAAUGAAGAGUGGAGAGCAGAGCUGGAUUGGCCAAAGCGGAUAGGGAUAAUCCGAGGGAUUGGUCGAGGAAUCUUGUAUCUUCAUCAAGAUUCAAGACUGAGGAUCAUCCACAGAGACCUCAAGGCUAGCAAUGUACUUCUUGACAAUGAAAUGAUCCCCAAGAUUGCGGAUUUCGGCAUGGCUAGAAUCUUUGGAGGACACCAAAUCGAAGGAAGCACAAAUAGAGUCGUCGGUACAUAG